AUGACAUACUCCACUAGUUCCAGGCCACAGCAACAGCGAAAGCAGACUCUGGCUCAUGAGAACCAAACGCGACGCUCGGGCGCCAUCUUGUGGCCGUUUCUCAGGCCUCGCAGAGACCACCUGAAAACUACUUUUCCCAGCGUGUCUAGCGCAACUGCGCAGGCGCAAAGGCCGUCUUCUCGUUUCCAUGGGAACUUCGACCCCCGGAAGCUAGGAGCUAGGUUACCGGUUCUGCAGACCAUUACGAGGACAAAGUGGGGAAACUGCCUCCCGGGACCAGCGCUGCCAAGUUCUCCUGGGUGUCCCGGCGUCCGCACUCUCCCGGGGCCUCAGCGUCUGGAGAGCAGUGUUUCGAUCUGGCCUGCAAGGUGCCGCUCAGUCUUGAGCCGAUCUCUAAAUCGUGUCGCCCUCAGCGGAGAGCCUGGCGCCCGCCGCACACAGAUUAUCCUGUGUGUGGGCAGGAAGAGCUCGUCGAGAUGGUCCCAGGUAUCUGAGCACAUUGUGCAUCCUGUCAGUGCACCUUGGAGCUACCCUGAGAAAGCCAGCCAUGUACCCAGAAACCCUCAGGAAAGCUGUUCGCAGAAACCACGAACAGCACUGUGCACUGGAAACCUCCCCAUCAUCGUACGUGCUUGGAGAAGAUGCACAGGAGACAAAAACCCACACCUAGGAGAAAAAGCAGCUGCCUGGAGGCUAAGCACCAGCACUGGGAGGCUCUGGGUAGGAAAUGCCACAAAUGGGACUCACAAGAAAAACGUGUCUGCUAAGAUCACCUGGUUCUUCCUAGCAAGCUUUGGGAUUCUCUCCGUUUUGUCUACACCCCAGAUCUCUCCAUUCCUCAGCUACCACCUCCACAUUUGGUAAUAACAUGUUUCGAACCCUUCUCUUUAAAACAGACAAACAAUAAGCCUUCCUGACCCUGUCUCUUUACUACAGGGCACUGAGACUCUGUAUUUACUUCGGCUUUCUUCACACUGUAUCUUUCUCGGACUCACAUUUUGGUGACUGCCUCUCACCUGCUGUUUCAAAGGUUCCUAUGGGGUGGGCAUGGUGGCAGACUCAGGACACUGAAGCAGGAGGAUCACUAUGAUGUAAGAGAGCCUAGUCUACACAGCUCCCUAUACCCCAAAACAAACAAGCUGCCUGUGGUUUCCUAACCACCUGAGCUAGUAUGU